AAUGUUAUAAUGGCUUGAGCUACAGCAUGGAUAUCGAGAAGGCUCUGAACACUGAGAAGCGAAACUUCAACUACACCACAUCCAAGGAAUUGAUGGCCUUUGGAGACUACACUCGAACCUUCUUCAGCGAGAGUGCCCGGGAGAAGUUUGUUGACAUGCUGACGCAUGAUCUAUUUGGACUACCAGUUUUGCUUUGUUCUUUCCUGCUUGGAGCGAGCCUUUGGAUGAUCCUGGGACAGCGCGUGAAGGGGUGCAGAUGCAGAAAGAGACCCGGUGUGGGCCAAGCCUUGAUCUUCCUCGACAGCUGGGUUGGUGCAAACUCAAGGCGUGAAGCAUUCACGAACUGGCUGACGUAG